UACAUCAAGAGGAUGAGUUUCUUUAUCGUAAUUCUCCUGAUACUAACAUACGUGAUAUCAAAGGCAUUCCUCAGAAAACUGAAGAUUCCUCGGAUCUACGACAAAUAUGUGUUCGUAACUGGAUGUGAUAGCGGUUUUGGAAAUUUGUUAGUCAAACGUCUGGAUUAUCUAGGAGCUAACGUGUUCGCAGGAUGUUUGACAGAAGAGGGGAGAAGUAAAUUGGAUAAGUCGACGUCAUGUCGCGUGACGCCAUUGCUUGUUGACGUCACUGAUGAGGAUAGUAUCAAAACGGCUUGCACGUUUGUGAAAUCUAGGCUUCCUGAUGGACGAGGAUUACAUGGUCUGGUCAACAACGCUGGUAUUUACGAUGGAGUUGGCCUCUUGAUGUCAGAAUGGAUUCCGAUCGAAGAUUACAAGCGUAUGAUGGAUGUAAACUUAUACGGAAUGGUUCGAGUGACAAACAGGUUUCUACCACUACUGAGAGCAGAGAGGGGUCGAAUUGUAAACAUGUCUAGCGUCUGUGGCAGAUUAUUUGCGUCAGGGGGAUCCCCAUACGUCUGUUCGAAGUUCGCGGUGGAAGGCUAUUCGGAUAUUCUCAGACAGGAAUAUUAUUCGGCCGGCAUCAAAGUCAGUAUCAUUGAACCGAGUGGAUAUAAAACCAACAUAUACGACAUUGAAAAACUGAAGAAGAAGCUACGUGAAUGUUUUCAUCGUCAAGAAGAUGAUGUUGUGGAGUACUAUGGAAAGGAUUACCCUGAUGUGUUAAUUGAUGCCAUGCGGCCAAACAAAUGGUUUUCCGACCGACUCUGCCAGGUCGUGGAUGCGUACGUUCAUGCUUUGACGUCCAAGUAUCCUGAAGGCCGAUAUCUUGUUGGCAAGGACAGCAAAACAUUCUUCAGAUUGCUGUAUCUUGCACCGGAAUGGCUGUCAGCAAUGGUGAUGGGAACUCUUAAUUGGCCUUUACCUAAGGGCUUACGUAGGUCUCACUCUCAUACUGAGUUUCAAUUUAUUUAA